AUGGUCAUCGGUCUUCUGAUUCUAACUGCGAUCCCCACGGUGACGGGCGUCGCGCAGGCGAUCUCUGGACAGAAAACUCAGAAGGAGAGGGAGAAAGACGCAAAGCGCAUGAAGAAGUUCCACAUAGACGUAUAUUGUGAAGCGCAGAGCUCUCGGACAAAAGAAAUCCAUGAGAAGAGACUGGUGUUGCGGGAUGACCGCGUGUGGAUAGGGCCGCAAGAAGCCUUGAACCCGUGCCCGGAGGGCUACGUUGCCGAAGCCUUCUAUAUCGAAUACCCGGAUAACGAACGAGUGCCGGUCGAAAUUGGUCUCGUGACUCAAGUCCGAGAUGACCCUCCGCUGUUGAAUUGGAUCUACGUGGACAAGGACACGAUGGAACUCAAGUAUGGGAACAAAACCGCAAGCAUAGCGCAUCAUGUUGGCCCCUGGGAUUGGACCGAGGACGAGGAGGGCAUCACGUUUGAUGGAAAGGAACUCUUCACUGCUGUAGAAGACCCGAGGACGCACAAGUGGCAGAUAUACUACGAUAUCAAUGACGACGGACUGAUCGGGUAUGUGCCAAAAGGCAGGAGAAAGAUAUCUGUGAGCUUGGAGAGGACAUUAAUACCGGGCGCGUAA